AAAGAUCACGCACACACAUACCGCGUCGUGAAAUCAAAUCAUCGGCCCGGGAAACAAGAGUGCAGAAUCACGAACGGCGAUUCUCAGUGUUCAUCCGAUGCAAUUAGUUUUGGCGCGUGUGGUUGCAUACGUGUUGCGUGACUGUCGUUUCACGUAUCUGUGCGCGCUCGGUAGGUCAAAAUGGCGUGAACCGACCGUGCGAUUUUAGGUUAUCUUCGCUCGUGGCAAAUCACGGCGGACCAAGGAAUAAAGGCGCGCGCGCGCGACCACACGCGGCCUGGCAUCUUUUCAUUAAAGUGUACACCGUGAUCCUCCACGUGCGUUUUCGAGAUCGAGUUACAUGAGUUAUGAGGACGGAAUGCCCGCAGGCGGUAACAGUCGUUUCCGCGGUUACCCAGCGCGGAUGUCCGAGCGUCAACAACUCGCGCUCCUUCUCCAAAUGACCUCCCAGGAAAUAGUAUCAGGUGGAAAUCGAACAGAAAAUACAACGUCCAGCUCUACCUCAAGGUCGUCGACAUUGCAACAGCGUGGAUCGAAAGGACGAUGGUCUAGCAAAAAUGGAGAAUCGACGGUCCACGCAUCUAUUAAUCGUAAAGAAGAUUUUCGCGUUGGGCAAAUACUCGUAAACGGAUAUGAUCUCAAUGCUAAAGAAACGAAUGAUACCACAAGUACGACUUCACCCGAUGAGAGUACCACCUUCGCGUCUGAUAACUCAUGCUCUCCAGUUGAAACAAGCGCAACAGCGCCAUCGAACGAGCAACAGGAACAAGAGAAGCAACAACAACAACAACAACAACAGCAGCAGCAGCAGCAGCAGCAGCAGCUUUACCAACACCACCAUUCCCAAUUCCAACAACAGCAGCAACGUACGACCGGAAGUGCGCCAGCCGCUGCACUGCACGUUGCUGAGGACAGUGGAGCCCCCUGUGAGAUGCGGAGGACACCACCGCAAAAUAAAGUUGACAGAUCGGGAACCGGGCAGUCUGGAAGCUCGCCGAGGGUGACGCUUCGACUCAACCAGGUGCGAGGAGCAAGGGAUGAAAAGAAAGGAGGGAGCACUGCCAACUCCCGUCAGGGCAGCAUGAACGCACAGAAUCAAGGUCAGAUGGAAACUUCAAUGAAGACGUCGAACGUCUCCUCGGCGACCGUGAAUAAUGCUGUCUCGGGCUCGAGCGCGUCGGGGAACGCAUCGUCGGCAUCCAACGACAACGGCGACGUCUAUGAAUUUAAAAGUUCGAAGGAACCGACACCCGUACGAGGUGCCAGUUCCUCGCCGAAUCCGAAUCCCGAGAAGGAUAAAGACGGUGGCAAGAGUGCCAGCGGUCAGGGAAAUCAAACCGGCGGGGGUAGCAACGCGUCUGCCAGUGGUGGCUCGACGACAUCGUCCGGCGAGACGACGACGACGACGACGACCUCGAUUUCCACCGACGAUGCUGCUACCGUCUCGGCGUCACCUUCGUCCAAGCGUGCCUUCGAGGGCGACAAUCCCGAGGAACAGGACGAAGAGAACCGUAGGAAAAAACGCAAAGAUUCGGAGCCUGUGAAAGACAAUUUGAAGAAUGCUACAACCGGAAGGCAAAGUACGGGCAGAAAUACUGCCAAUUUGGGGGAAAAAUGCACAAAAUCGGGUAAACAGGGAUCCGGAGCAACUUCCGGUAAGAGCAAUCAAAACACGACUUCCAUUAGCGCAGAUAGGAAAAGUCCGAGUACCGCUUCGAUGGCGAGCAGUCCGAAGCCUUCUAAUCCCUCUGGUUCGACGACGAACGCGAAAACAACUACUACACCGGCACCUCCCGAAUCCGAUGGCGAAGACGAUAGAUCGAAAGGUUCCGAUUCCGCUUCGGCACCCAAAGUACCGCCUUUGAAAAUCGUUAUCCCACAGAGUAGCACGUCCGAGCAAGAACAGGGAAAUAGAAAUGGGAAAAGCACGUCCAAUAGAAGUCACCAGUUACCGUACGUAGUGGCAAGUUCUAAUAGUAACGAUUCAACGGACAAGGAUCAGAAUCAGUCCGCGAGUGGUACGACGAGUCCCACGGAAAGCGGAAAUAAUACUAAAAACGAGGACAAGAAAGAUUUCAGUGGAGCUUUGCAGCACGGGGAGGAAAGGUCGACGCAUCAUCAACGGGUGCUUAGAAGUUCCCAUAGAUCUAGCAAUGGUAGUAACGGCUCGUCGACCUUGAAAGAAACGUCUGCCUCGACCGGUAGCGGAAACUAUCCUAAUUCGUCUCCCCUGCCUGUAACCGUUUCAACGGACCGUUCGAAUAACUCGUCUCCGCAACAACGCCACCAUUCGCCGACACCCGAAGUGGCUGGUGCCGAAUCGAAUAAAUCUAGUUCUGUGGACGCUUCGAAUAGUAAUGCUAGUUUGAAAACCAAUAUUAUGAUGGAAAAGUCGGAGAAAAGUACCGAUACUGGCGGAAAAAGUCAAAAAGAUGGUAACGUAGAGAGCUCGGAGAACGCUUCCGCAACUACUUCGUCGACAGCGUCGAACGUAGGUACCCCGGCACCACCUGUUGAGCUUCAUCCCCGAAAAAGAAAAAUGAAACCAAAUAAAGAAGCACAGCAAGCUGCUACAGCCGCAUCCAGUGAAACAUCCGAAACCACCAAUACCGGUCCAGAAGUGCAUCCGCACGAUCAGCCUAUUACCAAUUGUUAUCAAUUGUUUCUCAAUAUUAGGAAGCAGAUCGAACGAAGAAGAAAGGGCCUCUUUCCGGUUCAGCCGAAACCACCUCAGGGCUUUAAAGACUAUUUAAUGAAUCGUUGUACGUACGUAUUAGCUGGAAAUGCGAAUAAAGAGCCAAACGUUAAUCCUCCGGUUGGGUUGCAAGGCGCCAUGAAGGAUUUGUAUAUCGAACAAGAAAAGGAAAGAUAUCGUCUUAGAAUGCAACAUGUUGUCGAAAAGGAGAAAUUAGUUUUAUCGGUGGAACAAGAAAUUCUCAGAGUACAUGGCAGAGCAGCUAGAGCUCUCGCUAACCAAUCUCUUCCUUUCUCCGUUUGUACUAUAUUAAAAGACGAAGAGGUUUAUAAUGUUAUUACACCCGAGCAAGAAGAGAAAGACAGAAACGCGAGGAGUCGAUAUAACGGCAGGUUAUUUCUGAGUUGGUUGCAAGAUGUCGAUGAUAAAUGGGAAAAAAUUAAGGAAGCUAUGUUGCUUAGACAUCAUAACGAAGCUGAAUCUUUACACGCGGUGCAAAAAAUGGAUUGGGAAUGGAAACUGAAAGAAGUUGGAUUAUGCGAAUUUAAGGCAACACCUCAAAUAGAAGACGUGCAUGUUCCGAUGGUACAUGUUUCGGACGACUUUGAUCUACUCCCAGCUUAGUGAAUAGUGAUCUAUCGGUUGACAUGGUAUAACUGCUCAUACGAUUUUGCUCAUUUCCAAUCUCUAUUGUCCCGAACAAAACGCAAAAGUGAUCGUUCUUUCACAUCUAGAAGGUUCAUUUGUUCUCGCACACGAACACCAUGAGUAACGCGGUUUAAAUUUAUUUUACUUAAAAAUACAACACUGCUACUUCAGUCCCAAUCUAAGUGAUCGCUUGUUACUACAAGAUCGGACCAAUUUUAAAUAUGCCGGGACGUUAGGUAUCAAGUAUACACUACUACCAUUUCUAUCCGUUUCUCUUCUGUGACCAAUAUUCUCGUAUCAGAGAUUCAUACUUUUAUUUCGAAUUAAUCUUAUUGAAAUACAAGUGAUUGCAUUUUCAUAUAUAGUUUGGUUGAGAUAGAUUGGCGUGGAAGUCGCAAUGAUGCGUUUUUAAAAUGGCUUUUAUGGCCGGAGUAUUCGCUCACCAGAGGUAGGAUCAAUGACAAUGGACUUGGCCAGUCGAACAGCCUACUUCCAAUAAUGCACUCGUAGAUGUGAAAAUGUGUACAGUGAUCGUGUUCUAAUAGUGUGACAGUCGGUUCGUGUGCGUGCGUGCGUGCAUGUUGGAAACUGACUGUAAUCUGUGAUCUCUAUCAUAAUGUAUUCGCCACUCUUUUACAGUUAUCAAAUUACGUUGUAUCGUUUUUAAAGCUAUUGUUAUACAUUGAGGCUGUUUAGGAGACAACUUGACUCUCUAAUUAGGUUACCCAAUUGCAUUUAUAGUUUUAUUAUUAUUUUAAAAUUAUUCAUAGCAAACGUUGUUUUUAAAUCGCAUUACGUUGGUACAAAAGAUUUUUUUCUAUUUAUAGAUAAUAGAAGAUUAAAUUAAAAAUUGUGAAUGAAU